AUGUGGGACAAUGCGCUUCUCCGGUGCCCAGAAGGGGUGAUCCCAUCCCCAGCUGUAUCCAAGGAUCUCCAUGGACCCUGCCUCGGACUACGUCCGGAUCCCCGAUUCCAGAGGCAGGGGAAUGGGGUGAUCCCAGCCCUGGGAGAGCUGGUGGCGAAGCCUGUUGCCAUCUCUGCCACAGUGGGGACUUUGUGCCGAGCUGGGGCCAUAGCUCUCCCUUACCCCCCAGCAAAAAUAAAGUGUUGGGGGUAUCGCCCUCAGGGCAGCAGUUUGGAGGGGGAUUGUUUUAUUCCUGCCUUUGUCUGUAGGAAUUUAACCAUUUUAAAAACUCGAAUUGCUGUGAAGCCUCAUUUCAUGUCACUGUCUCCUACUUGUGAAAUCGAUCAGGUGCGUCACCCAGUCAUCUGUGUCAACAACCAUGUCUUCUGUUCCAUUUGUAUUGAUGUGUGGCUGAAGAACAAUAAUCAGUGUCCAGCUUGCAGGAUUCCUAUCACACCUGAAAAUCCCUGCAAGGAAAUUAUAGGAGGAACAAGUGAAAGUGAUCCUGUGUUUAGUCCAACAGUCAGGAAACACCUGCGUAAAACCAGACUUGAAUUACUCCACAAAGAGUAUGAGGAUGAAAUAGAAUCCCUGCAAAAAGAAGUGGAAGAUCUGAGGGGUAAAAACCUUGGUUUACAGACACAACUGAAGUCUCUUCUGGAUCCUACAAUGUCAUCCUUAUCUUGCCAAAGUGAGGAAACUAGCCAGUCAACAGAUGAAACAAGUACCACUGGCCCAGAAACCCUGGAGGAAUGGAGCAAAAAGCUGAAAGCUGCCAAUGAUAUAUGUGAAAAAGUGAUAGAUAAUGUGGAAAAGUUGAAGGAGGCAAAUAAGAAACUGAGCAUGGAAAACAAUAGCCUUUUAAGAGAGAAUUUGCGACUAAAAGCUGAAGUUGAUAGUAGAUCACCCCAAAAGUUUGGUAGGUUUACGGUAGCCGCCCUUCAGUCCAAAGUGGAGCAGAGCGAGCGUGAAAUGAACCGCCUGAAAAAGGCGCUGGAGAGAAGCGACAAGUACAUCGAGGAGAUGGAGUGUCAGCUGCUGCAGCUGAAAAGCGCCGGCGAAGGGACCCGGCCCGCGAGUGCCCUCGGCCAGGGAGCUCUUCCCACAGAGGCCAAGGAAGCGGAGAGCGUCGGGGAAGACUCGGGCCGCUUGGAAAGCCGGGUCGAGCGCCUGGAGGAGGCGGCCUUGGCUGCCAGGGAAGGUCCUGAAAGCCUCGAGCAGCUCGCGGGCGGGGGGACAUGUUCAAGCUCUUCCAGUCAAGAUGGGUCCAACGGGUCACAGCCCCAGGGUGCUCCGCAGAAAGAGCUGUUUGCAGGCUGCCAGGGUGUUCUCCUAGAUGAAGGCACUACCAAUAUGGAUGCCUGCUUGGAAGGGCAGUGGAAUAAAAUAGAGGAAUGUGCCCCGUUUAAGGAUGAAGAACUUUAUGAGCUUCCAGCGCCGUGCACCCCUUUCCUGUCUCUUAGUCGCCUGCAGUUGAACACUCCUGAUGGGAAGGAAAACGCAAGGAAACCUUCGUCCUUUCUGAGAAAACUGAAAUUUGAAGAGUUCUGUGACACCUCAGAUGACGGCAGCAAAGAUGCCCCGGAACACAGCACAAGCAGCUGUAACAGUGAGAAGAAGCUGAACUGUUUUACCACAGGAAAGUCGGGUUUUUGGGGGACCUGCCCAGCAAACUUUGCUGAGAACUUAGAUUUUGAUGAAUCAGAAGAAAAUACUGUAGCUAGUCAGUCAAAUGAAACCCCAGCAAAGGCCAGCGAUAAAACAAGUUCAUGUUUACCCAAAAAGCUACAUGCUCUCUGCGCUUCCGAGAUGAACCGCACGAGAACCUCCAGCGAGGCCUCCAUGGACGCUGCCUACCUCGAUAAAAUUUCCGAGUUGGAUUCAAUGAUGUCCGAAUCAGACAACAGCAAGAGCCCGUGCUACAAUUUUAAGUCCUCGGAGCUUGAUAAUUCUUCAAAGUCAACGGAGUGCUCUAAGCUUCUGAAUGAAACUGAGAAGAAAGUGGAAGAGAUGGAUGAGGAGCAGAGUAUGAAGAGUCCAGAGGCAAGUGACCCACCGGGUGACAGAACUGGCUGGAAACCUACCAUGUUUUCCAUUCUCUCCCCAUCGGACAUGGAUAUGAACGAGCACUUCCCGCUGUUUGCAAGCCAGAACGUAGCGGCUGAUGACAUGAAACCUCCAAACUGCCUGUUUCAAAGGGAGUUUUCCCAGAGUUUACUCUUCAGCAACUCACAGAGGCUGUUUGAGGAACACAAGUUUGGUUCCUGCUUUUUAAAGACUGACCUGAACAAUCAACUUAACGCGCCUUGGGUUUCUCCCUUCAUUCCCGAAAGGAAAAAUAAAAAUACGAGCCAGUCAACCAAGAGGAAAAUUCAGAGCGGCCUUUCUAGUGCCAGUCCCUCCAAAACUACCAAAAACUGAUUCUGCUUGGAAAUAAAACGUGACUCAGAAUUGUCAACCUGCGAAUGCUUAGGAUUUCCCAAGUGAACUUCAUUUUUAAUGACUUCCAUGCAACCUGGUCCUGUCUUUUUUGACCAAGUGAAAACUGAAUGUUCCCUUUGCCCUGCUAAGCGCUUUCCUAGGGCAGAACCAUUCCAGAUUCUUUUCUUUGGCACGGCAUU